GCAGCCUAAUGGACAGUAUCGAUAAGUUAGCAAUCAAAACCAGGACUGAGUAAGUUAGCCUCUGUAUGCAGUUUGGGGACAGUAUAGUCUCUAUGCGUCACACCUGCCUGUCUGCUUCUGUGUUCGCUGACUGGAACUGAAUGUCACUCAUGAGUGUGUCGUAACAUCACCAUUACCGAGUAUUUACUUCUCAGAGGCGAGGAAGUGGAGCUGCGGAGCUAGCUCAAAUCGAUAAAGAUAAGACCGGAAGCGGGGUGAUUCUUCCUUCACAAUAAAUGCGCCGAGUAUAUCACUUUCGCCGUUAAAUGAUAAAGUGUAGGAUUGGUCUAAGCAGUAACGCUUGUAAUAAUUAGUAACACUUGUUAUUGAUAUCAGAAGCUCCCACCUGGACUUCUGCAGGGGUUCACACAGCGGUGGGACGCUUAAGUGUCUGUAAACCUCCGUUUGUUUUAUUGUGGAAGGUUGGACCAGAAGCCGUGCCUGGUUCCUCUGUGUGUGACACUGGUUGAAGAGGGAUGUGGCCAGGAUGUAUUUAUGCUGCUGGUCGAGAUAUGAAAAUCAUUGAAUUGGCGCUGCUUAGGGAACCCUGCCUCACCACCGGACCCAGCGGCGGUACCGACAGUGUCACUGUUUGUCACGGUGGCUGUUGUUGGCGUUCGGAAACGGCCGACACGACCGAAACUGCUGUGCUGGUUUCGACUGGACUGGACUAUUUCAAUGAAGGCAUCUCAACCUCACUCCCAAACAAUUUGUGUGCGGGGCUGUAUUCCGUGCUUACGUAAUAGAAGCAUGUGAAUCGAUACUGUCACAUCGUUUACUUUUUUUAAUUUAAUUUCUCCCUGGAUACAGACUUUGUGUUUGCUCGUCAUUUUUUUUUUUCUCUACAAAUGUCAACAACUCAGCGUCAGGUACUGAUGGACCCCUCACUAGCUCUCGGCAGACUGGAACUGACCCCCACUUCAGCCGCUGGUGGGGUCAGUCUGACCCCGCGGCUUUCUGGCGGGCCCCCUGCCAAAGAGAAGUGUGGCACGCGGCCACUGGGGACACAAGGCCAGGCUCACCUGAACGGCUGCGUCCCGCUGUCACAUCAGGUGGCGGGUCACAAGUAUGGAGUGGACAAAGUGGGUAUUUUGCAGCAUCCAGAUGGAACAGUCCUGAAGCAGCUUCAGCCUCCACCCAGAGGUCCACGAGAGAUGCAGUUUUACAGCAUGGUGUAUGCAGAGGACUGCUGUGAUCCAUGCCUUCUGGAGCUCCAGAACCAUCUGCCCAAAUACUACGGCACCUGGUCCUCACCUGACAGCCCCAGUGACCUGUACCUGAAGCUGGAGGAUGUGACUCGACGCUUCGUCAAGCCGUGCAUCAUGGAUGUGAAACUGGGCCAGCGGAGCUACGAUCCGUUUGCCUCGCAGGAGAAACGGGAACAGCAGAUCAGAAAAUACCCACUGAUGGAGGAAAUCGGCUUCCUGGUUCUCGGCAUGAGGGUGUAUAAGGUGUGCAGUGAUACGUUUGACUCAUAUGACCAGCACUAUGGAAGGGGACUGGUGAAUGACACCAUUAAAGAUGGCUUGGCUAAGUUCUUCCAUAAUGGUGCGAGUCUGAGAAAGGAUGCCAUUUCAGCUAGCAUCUGCCGAGUGCAACGUAUUCUCCGCUGGUUUGAGUCCCAGCGCCAGCUGAACUUCUAUGCCAGCUCCCUUCUCUUCGUGUAUGAGGGCCUUUCCUCUUCUUCCUCCUCAUCCUCCAUUUCUUCACCUUUCAGCACGCCCUCAGUCAGCCCGACUGCGGGGAAAACUGCUGCAUUGUCAUCAGCUGGUGAUAGCAGUAAAGGUGAGGAGGGAAAGGUUAGACAGGAAGGUAUGGGGCAGAAAGAGAAAGUUGCUGAGUACAACAACAACAACAUUCAGGUUUCUGUGCCCUGGGACUACAGCCUGGCCACCAUAUACACCAACCAUACAAAAGGUGGCCAACACCACUGUGCCAAAGGUCAUCUCCAUGGCAAAAGUGGAGACGGUGAUGCUGUGGAGAUGACAGUGAGCUCGGAUUCUGGGGAUAACAUCUCAGCACUGUGCGAAGAAGACAACUCGGCAUGGAAACGGACCGGAGAAUUCCAACCGCCAUCAAAUGUAAAUGGAAACAAAUCACAACUGGAAAGGCAGGAUGAGGAUGGAGAGAGGGAGGACAGUGGCAGGAGGCAAAGGAGAGAGGAGGAGAAGCCGAAAAUACGAGGAGGCAAUGCAACAGAGACGAAUGGAGGAGACUCAGAGGUGGAGGUCAGGAUGAUUGACUUUGCCCACGUAUUCCCGAGUGAGGGUCACGAUCAUGGCUACAUUUACGGCCUCAAACACCUGCUGAUGGUGCUGGAGCAGAUCCUCUGUGAGGCCGUCUAAAGCUCUAUUCCUCCAGAUCUUCUCCUUAUCUCCUGACCCGUGUGGUGAACCGCUGUCUCACUCCUGUUGAUCCCCCAUUCUGCUCAGAAAAUAGAAACCUUCGGAAAAGAGAGGGAACAAUCAAGGACGUAACAGAAGCAUCAUUGUCAUCAUCAUCAUCUCACCUUAUAGUGGUGGUCCGUGUGUGUGUGUGUGUGUGUGUGUGUGUAUGAAGUGGAGGUAGGAGAGGUUGACAGCUGUGUUAUCCCUGUGAUCAGCAGCACUACAUGCACUAAUUAAUCCAUGAAGGCAUUACGACCCUGUACUUAAAGGCAACAUCUUCAGCUGCAGUUACUGAUGCUCAGACAGUUUCACUUCAUCUUUAGUCCAUUUGAAAUGCAUUCGUAGUAAAUAGGUUUUGACAAAAACACAUUUCUGCCAAGUUUCUUUUAAAAUUGUACUUCGGUACACCUCAAGUUAGGUUGUGCUCUUAAUGUAUAUUGACCACCAGAGAUUUAACACUAUGCUGUCAUAGCUGGCCCUUUGAUACCUCUGGUUGAAUUCGACAUCAGUAAGCGGCACUAUUUUAUGUUUUAUGUCGAGUUUUCAGCUAUGCAAUUCAUUAGCUUAGCCUGAAGCAGCUGUUGGGAUGUAAAUAAACAGCACUUCGAUCACAGCUGGGUCCUCAGGAUCCACAGGAAUGUUCUGAGGCACGGAAAAUCCUUGAUUUUUGCGAUGAUGCCACCGGUUCAGGUUUCAGGCCAGUCCACAGGUUUGAAAGUCAUGUCGAUUUUUCAAUUUAGGUGAAUUCAAAGUGAAUCAAUAAAAGAAACAUUCAUGCGUGUUUCAGUUAAGGUGUGGUGUACUAUCAUACUAUGCAGUCUGCCUAGAAAACUACCUAAACUAUCUAAACCUGAGCUGUUAGACAUAGCACAAUUAAAUUUCACCGCGCUACAGCACUCAAAACACGCUUCUUUCCCGGACAUCUAGCUAAUGCUCGUCCACAGUGCUUAAAUGGAUUCAGUCCCAUUCAUGUUUACAGUACAGUGUCAAAUUACAAACGAACCAGGGCUGGGAAACAGAAGUCCUUUCAUUCUUCUCCAUCAUCAACCAGUGAAACCAACAACAGAACAUUCAAUUAGGAUUCAUAAUGGCCGCUGACAGAUUUGCUGUGUGUUCGUGAGCAUUGCGUAAACAAGUCAGCAGAAUGUUGAGUUUUAAGUCGGGUCGUUGUUUUGAGUUUUUGUUUGAACCACUCUCUACAGGUAUCUAACUCAGGUAAAUUUACUGUAUGGAAAAUUGCUUAAUAUUACUACUAUAGUCCUCUCAGCAAAGUGAUCCUCAUGCUGUCUGGUUAUUCAGUUCUAAACUGUUGUUUUUAUGUAGUCUUACUAAAUGUUUAUCUUAUCUCAUGAUUGACCUUAUCUCAUCAGUGUUGAUCUUUGAGCCAUGUUUUUCACUGCUUAACCUAAUGACCUUACAUGUUGUGUUGUCUAUUACAUGGCAGUUUUAAUUGUUGUAUAUGUUGGACAGCUAAAUCACUUUCCUUUCUGAAAGCCUUUGCUUUUUUGGUGUGUUUAUUCUGGUUAUUUGGUGUCGCUUGUCUAUGCCCUAGUUUUAGGAACAGGAUUAUAUUGAUAUUAUAUUGCUGUCAUACCUUGUACUCCCAAUUUGUACUCCAUAUCAAAAAGUGUAUCAAAAGUGCUCCUGAACAGGUUGGACUUAGGUGCGCUUUCACUAGCAGUGAAGGGUUGGUUCAGAUGUUUUGAAGUGGUGUUUUAUGAGUCACUUUUCUAUAGUUAGUGAGUUACCUUUAGUAGAUGGUGGUCAACAUGCCUCCAGUUGACAGGGUAAGCAGCACAGUGUCCUUACGAUGGGGGACUAAAGCUGAUAUAUAAAUUCCUUUGACAAGAAACAGUAAUUGAACAUUGCCGUACACAGGAAUUGCUGAUCUAGUCCUGCCCUGAUCGGUUUGUUGGUUUGUGUUAUUGCGUGACUUUGGUGAAUCUGAACCCUUUAAAACAAUAACACAAAAAAAUGAAGCGAUUGUGGCAGCAGUAGCCCAGAAACUCCUGUGUUUUGAGUGUGUCUGUAACUGUGUCACUAUGGAGAAAGCUAAGAAGGAUUCAACAGCUUCACUUUCACGUUAUAAAGGGCUGGCUGAUGGCAAAUAAAGCUGUGACACCAUUCUAAAUAUAUUUUGCACUUCAUCAGAUGUGGCUAUUUUUUUCACAUUGGCUUGUUUUUUUUAAGUCCACAGCAGUGGUAAGCUUUCCUGCUGGAACUCUGCUGCUUCUCCAAACAAUGGGCCUGCCGACCAUCUACUGUAGGUAAUACACUGACUAUGAAUGAGUACCUCAUACAACCUGAACUGUCCCUUUAACCAAGAGUUCUUCAAUGACUAUUUUAUUAUAAUUAAUUGAUUGAUAACUGGGAAAGAAUAGGAAAAUACGCCCCCAAAUUCUGGAGAUACUUUGCUUUGUUUUAUUUGACAGAACCGAUAUGACUCCCGAAAGGAUUUUACGAUUGUAGUAAGAGGAUCUUUGAAAGAUGCUGCUUUAAUAGGUGUUGGCUGACGAAUGCUAAAGAAAGACUGAAUGGUUAUAUGUAAUUUUUUUUUUCUUUUUCUUUUUUUUUUUAAUCUUUGUUGGGGGGUUGGUAUAUGUCUGGAGUACUGGAAUCCCUUUUACACUAAUCUCAGCUCAACAACAUCUUAACUGGUUAACUUUUGCCUGUUUUUACUUUGUGUAAGUGAUAUCUGUUUGGAUGGCUAAUAUGGGUUGGGUUAGUCUAAUAACUGAUGCUGCUGAUAAUCUGUAUACAUUGGAUGAUUCUAUUAGUUUCAUGUCAUGCAUGUCAAAGGUGUAGUGAAAAUGUAUUCAGACCAAAACUUUCCAAUGAAACCAGUAAUAUUCAUUUAGCUGUGAUGGACUUAUGGAGGCCCAAAGCAGCCUCAGUUGCUACAAAUCAUUUGUCAUGUGUUUUCUCUCAACCAUGACUUUAUUAUCUCCUCUUCCAGAAAAUGAAUUGAGUUUGAUGAAAAUAGAAACAAAUUCAAUUUCUCAUGGCCUUCUCUGGCAGACUGCCACAUGAUGUGACUGAUCGCUCUGUUUUGUUUUGUUUUGUAGAAUUAACCUUAAAUCUCAAAUUCAGUUUAGAUGUGCAAAUAUGUAUUGCGAUUUUUAUCCUGAAUUUGAUAUCUCAGUUACAACCAAGAAUGACUACCUGGUGAAAAAACCCUGGACAGACUGUAAAGUAUGUCUGUCACCCAGAGAUGGACCGAGGGAAGGGCAGGUUCACUGUCUGUUUUUUUUAGUAACUUGAUUUAUUUCAAAUCAAUGCACCAACUUGUUUCAGUCCAUGCAGGGGCAUUUAAAAAGUCAAAACAUGUUUGGUAAUAUGCAAAACUUAAGUAGAUUCAGAUCCUUACCUCAGUGUGAUCUGAAGGCAGUCUUAUGUAUUAGUCUGACCCUACUCUCUAUUGAUGACAGCUAAUGAAACGCUCUGUCACAGCUCUCUGUCUGUCAGACAUUUCAGUAAUUUGAUAACUCAAUUAUUUGCUGUAAAUCAUUUUAAUUUUAUCAUCCUUAAAUGCUCAGUUGUGUUUGUGCCACUCUGUACAGGUCUACCUACUCCAGUCUUUGCUUUCUACACUGACAUUGGAGCUUCUAUAAUAUGCCACAUCUCUCAAACCAUCAAUAAUAUGCACAGGCUUCUUUAGUUUAUGUUGCUUGUAAUAUAUGAAUAUAAUGAAAAAUAUGGAAAUCCUGAUCUUUUGUAAAUUAGCUCAACUAGAUGUGUUAAGAUUUUAAUCUGAACCAAAAGACUCCGGGAGUUAUCUGAAUACGACAUUUUCUCUAAAAUUGGGGCUUUUUGAUAAACUUGAACAUUUGUCGGAAAUUAUCAAAGUGAAAGUGUAGGGGUCUUUCAAAAGAUGUUUACAAGGGUGAGAGGACUGAUUUUAUUUUUAUUACUGCCUUAUUUUCUGUUGAUGUCUCAGUGUCAUCUCUGUGUUUCCAAUAUUGAUUAUUGAUCAUUCCGGCAGCUGUGUUUCUAGCCUGUUGUGUCACGGCUAACAGAAAAACCAUAUCAUGCAUUUGUAAACUGGGCAUUGUCAGUGGAAUAUGUUUAAAGAGCUGACUCAUUCAUGGAACUUUUCACUUUAAUUUUCUUAUGUCAGUGUAAUGAUCACAGAAUUAGUCAAUGUUACUGAGACAUAUGGAUUGAUGUAUUUUUAUGGAGGUGGGCAGAUUUACCAGUACUACACCCACUAUGUUCUUUUAGUCAUACUGCAUGUUGAAAAGAUUUCAAGUGCAAGCAUUUUUGCUUUAUAUAAAUGAUUUUCUUUGCUUAACAUUAAAGUCAAUCAACUGAAGCGGA